AGCAGCCCGCACGCCAGGCCCCCGUCCCCCUCGCCGGCCGCCGCCGCCGCCGCCGCCUCCCUCCUCCACAGCCACCACCACGGCAGCAGCCUGGGCCUCGGCGGCGCCAGCGCCCGGCCGCUCCAACAACACCACCACGGGCCCGGCCCGGACGAAAGGUCCAGUACCCGCCUCUCUCUCUCUCUCUCUCUCUCUCUCUUCUAGCGGGGGAGGGGGCGGGGGGGCACGAGCGGGGGAGGGGAGUGGGCAGCCAGGCGGGGGAGGGCAGCGCAGGUGGCCCCCUCCCGACAUGGCGGGGAGAGGAGCAGCAGGCCCCAGAGGGGGAGCGGGCCCGGCCUUGGUGUGCGCCCCCUCCCGGGCCAAGCCGGGCCACGAGGGACGGGGGGGGGGUGACAGUGUGACAGGCAGAGGGGGAUCCUCCUCCACCCUUCCCUCCCCCACUCCCUCGAGGGCAGGUGGGCAGCGCAGGGUCGCCGUGGGUCUACCUUGGCGCGCGCGCACGUGUGUAUGCUCGCACACGGGGCGCGUGCCUCCUUCCCCCCCCUCCUCCUCUUCCUCCCUCCCUGUGGAGUUCUCUCUUUCAUGUGAUGCAGGGGUUGGGUUGGUAAGUAAUCUCUUUUAUUGAAUAAUUCAAUUUGUACCUUGUUCCUUUCUUUCCCCGCCACAAACAAAAGGCCAGAAGUCAGUAAGCAUUUCGUUUAAGGAAACGGGCAGAACGGUGUCCCUUUCUGUUGGGCUGGUUGGUGCCCCUUCCGUAUGUGACGUUAACUUAGGAAAGUACUCACAAAAGCACACACCAUCCUGGAAAGAAAAAGGAGAUGUUUCGGAUUACUGUAUUUUUUAAAAAAUAGCUCAAGCCCUGCUGUAAGCUUUGCAGGGUGAGUGGCUGCCCCUCGCCCGCCUCCCCCCCAGCCAAGGGCUAUGGAGCUCCAGCUGGGAUGCCACCCAGGCACUGUGUCUGCAGACUCCCUCUUCAUCCGGCUAUCUGGAAAGUGGACACACACUGCGCUUAGUGCAGGUUUGCAAAGUUGUUUCCAAAAAGGAUAAGCAGUUCCAAAGUGUAACAAAUCACAGUGUCCCCAAAGUCAUCAAACACUUCCACCCUCUCCCUCAUUUGGUAAGCAAUAACCAUGUACAGUGUAAGCACCUUAUUAGCAACCCUUCCUGUUUCCAUCGUCCUUUUGUUAACUACAUGUUCUGUGCAAAGUUCAUGUUUGUCCCUCACACAAGACAAGUGAAUCCAAAUGACAGUAACUCUGUGUUGUGUACAUUAGACUCCUUAUCCCAUAACCCAGCGCUUUCCAAAUCCCGCCGCUCCUGUUCUUCAUGUAAAACAAGGCCAUACACUUGGUCCCAUAGCGAGUGCAGUGUUUUGUCCUGUUUAUUCUGAUGAAACGGGAAACGGUCUACGAGGGCCACACACUCGCUUAUGCAAAAUAGCGUUGGCUUGUGCUUUCCUGCACUACCAAAAAAUACUUUUGUACGCAUGUGCUAGAAAACAUCUACAAAACAAGGAAACUACUAAGUUGUCCACUAAAGAACAGUAUGAAAUUUCUGCUUGGGGUGACAAUAAUUAUAAUAGUAGCAAUUUAUUACUUGUACCCUGACCAUCUGAGUCGCCCCAGACACUGGGCAGCAAAUGAUAGUUUAAAAGCAAAUUUCAUAGUGAAGUGUUAAGUUUAGAGAUUUUUAAAAAAAUCACCUUAGCUUGCAAUGCUAAGCUCCCUGAUUCUGAUUGGCGGGUAGGCUGGUAGAUAGGCUGCCUCUUCCCCAACCUUCAUUGGAGGAGAGGAGGUAGAAGAUCUACCUGAAGGAGCGUCUCCAUCUCCAUCCUCCAGCCCGGACACUGGGGUCCAGCUCCAAGUUCCCUUCAAGGUGUGAAGCUACAGUGAGCCAGGCAGAGGGUCUUGUUGGUAGUGGCGCCCUCUCUGUGGAAUGCCCUCCCAUCACGUCAAACAGAUAAACAAUUAUAGGACUUUCUGAAGGCAGCCCUGUUCAGGAAAGUUUUUAAUGGUUCAUCUUUUAUUGUGUUUUUAAUAUUUUGUUGGGAGCUGCCCAGAGUGGCUGGGGCAACCCAGUCAGAUGGGCGGAAUAAUAGUAGUAAUAAUAAUAAUAAUAAAUAGUAGUAGUUAUUAUUGGGCAGAAAGCUACUGCCAGCAAAGGCCUGAAAAGGAGGGUGUUUGGGGAAAGGGGUGUUGGCAGCUUUGGAUGCAAAGCACUGAGGACCCUGAACCAUUAGGCCUCAACUACCUGUACCUGGCACUGCAAAAUGGUCUCUCCCACCCCUUUCUGCCCUGACCACCUCAAGCAGGCAGGGCCUGGGAUAUGUCCCUAGACCCACCCCUCUCUGGUCGGAUUCAUCUGCUGCUAGUGCUGCAGUCACUCACCCCUUUUCUCUUCGUGCCCCGGCUCUUGCUGCGUGGUUUGACAGUAUUCACUCAGCGACAUUGGUGGCAGAGAUACCACUGCUGUUGGUCUGGUUGAAAUUUCCUAGUCAAACUAACAGGAGAAAAGGGUUCCUUUCUCCAUCACUGGUCCACCUCUGGUGGUCAAAAUACGUUAGGUGGUUUAUCCGCAUGUUGGUAGCUCUGGCAGGGACCUUAAAGCACGAAUUCGGACAGUAACUGUUACAAAAGCCCACCUUUCCGCCAAUUAAAAGCUUGAGCCAUUUUAUUUCUACUUGUGACUGAUCAAGCUUGCAAGCUCUGAGGUGGGCUGAGCUUAGGCCUGCUGACCGUGUCCUGGGCAGCCUGAAUCCAUGUUCAGGGAGUUUGCGGUGGCUGAAUGAGGCAGCCAAGGCUUGGCCUGAUGUGUUACCAAGAGUUGUGCUACCAGGUCAACAGACCUGCUUCAACUUUGAACAUGGAUUAUUAUCUCCCUGCUGUGACUUUAUAUUCCUCAAUUCGUAAGAAUUUACGUGGCACUUCUGAGUUAAGUGCAUUAUUUCAGCACUGCCAAAAUAAGCCAUUGUUGAGGCAGGUCUGGCAGUGCUUUGUAAGAUCUGCUGGAUUUUUACAUUCUUCCUAUUGACAAAAUUAGGCUGGGAGUCGGAGGGAGAAAGACGGAAUAAGGAUGUGCACACUUGGAAAGUACGAAGUCCUGGGCGCUGAUCCUCUUGCCGUUUUGCUUGAUGUUAAGUGGGAAGGGAUUAAAAUACAAGCUCCGUAUCAGCAUUUUAUGCUGGUUACAGUCAACACAUUUUUAAGGGAAGUGUUCUUGUGCCGUUAGUAGUUGGAUGGAAAGGGGGAACUUUUGCGGAUAAGAGUUUCUUCUCCUGCCACUGAGGACACCUGCUGAAUUUCUGCUUCUCUCCCAUUGUUGGCAACGUAGGAGGCUGCCCCCUGUUGAAACUCAUGGGCAUUCUUGGGUGAAUGACGUCAGCUUAGAAUGCCGUGAGUCAACAGUGACCAGCAAGGAAGAUGGGGGAGGAAACGUCGCUAAUUUCCAUUACAGAGCUAGAUUGUAUAUUAACUUCUUUGUGAAAUGACCUUUUGAAUUAAAUAUUUGGCAGGUGGAUAUAGCGCUUCAGGCAACCAAGAGUGACUCGCAGAGUAGUUAGUGGUGGCGGCUUUUUACUGUCUUCUGAGAUGUUUUUGCCCAGGGAACCUUGAAAGCGGUUUUGGUAGUAGGAGCAAAAGGUGGCCAAUUCCUUCGGAAGAAGGUGUCCUACCUUCCUCCAUGGCGGCCUCUCUUGACGAAGGGAUCUUUUAAUAGCCAGCUCUGCGGGUUCCACUCUCCUCUGGGAUAUGCCCUUGCGCUUCGUUUGGCUCAUCAGUCCAUAGCACCUGGUUCUGCUGCAGGCUCUUGUUUUGAAAGGUGCAGAAAUGAUAUUGGGCUGAAAGCCGUGCUUUUGGGCAGGUUGAGGUCAUUGAAAUAAUUCCAAAAUGUUUAAGUCUCAUCUCUCCCCACUCCCUAGCUGGAGGGUGGGUUUUUCAGAGAGGUCCAAGUUAGCUGCCUGCCUGAAUUAAAGACGUAGUUUGUCUUGCUCUCCUUUGAAAAUACAGUUAUCUCUAGCUUUAAGGAACUGGCGUUAGGAAAUCCUCCACAAGAGUUUCCGGUGUCUUCACCCUGCAGUGUAUGCUGCUAAACCAGUAAAGGAACUCCCACUCCUGCAGGGUUGAGGUUAAGAGUCAUGCCCUAGAUUAUGAGUGUGUACUUAGGGGUAGGUUCCACUCCUGCCAAAUCCCAUAGGGCCGACUCCCACCCCAAGGCGUGUGCGUUGUCGCACCGAUGACAGGUCCCAUUUCGUUUUGGGAGAACUAAGCUCCAAGUGUUUGCCUUAUUCCAGAUUUCUUAGUGAGCUCCUUCAUAGCAUUUCCCCGGCAUUCCGAGUUCAUACUUUGGGUGAAGGAAGAAGAAGAAGAGUUUGGAUUUGAUAUCCCGCCUUUCACUCCCCUUCAGGAGUCUCAAAGCAGCUAACAUUCUCCUUUCCCUUCCUCCCCCACAACAAACACUCUGUGAGGUGAGUGGGGCUGAGAGACUUCAGAGAAGUGUGACUGGCCCAAGGUCACCCAGCAGCUGCAGGUGGAGGAGCGGAGACGCGAACCCGGUUCUCCAGAUUACGUGACUACCGCUCUUAACCACUACACCACAUUGUUUCAAUCCCCAACUGCAUCUCCAAGCAGGGCUGGGAGCAGCCCCGGUCUGAAACCCCAGAGAGCUGUUGCUAGUCAGUGUGGGCAAUACAGAGAGAGAGAGAGACCACUGGUUUCACUUGGUGGAAGGGAGAUGCUCAGAAGAUUCAUUAAGGUUUUGUAUAAUAAUGCCAGAGAAUGGCGUUUUGCCUGCUGCAGAAAGUGCAUUUAUACUCUAGUGGGCAGGGACUCGCGUUCCACCUGCUGACUAGAGUUCCCCGUGGCUGGUUAGAUUUCCUUAAAAUGUCAUUGGCCAAGAGUUUUUUGUUGUUGUGGAGUUCCUCACUCCAGGAAACAUCCUGGCUUUUCUGAAUUCAUAGUUACAGCACCCCAGCUCCUCCCCAGUUUUGCUUUCACAGAAAUCAUUCACUGGGUAAUUACAGUUUGGUGUUCUUUCCAACACCUUCUUCUGCUCCAGUGUGUGAAAUCUCAGGCCUUUGCUGUGGACCUGCAGCCGGCACAGAUUUUAGCUGAUGUUGUAGAAGGCUUCCAUAGUUGCAGCUAAGUUCUACUCAACAAUAAAUCCUUCCAAAUUAAUGAACCCAAGUUACACCCAUUAUCGUUAUGGCUGAUGUUGGGUCCAACUGUGUUCCCUUGAAGUAGACUCAUUAAAAUUAAAAAACUUGUUAGUUUGCUGGUUUCAGUGGGCCUACUCUGAGCAUGAGUAAAGUUGAGUACAACCCUGGGUUUCAGCAGUCUCCUAGGUAAGCAGCAGUGCUAGAAAUUAUCCAGGCGCUUUUUGCGACAAGCACGGGUCCAACUGUGACCACGUGGAGAUCUCUGGCUGCCAGGUGGGCGACUGACAGCUCCGUCUGGCUGGCCCCUCCACCUUUCUUAAGCAGGUCAGGAGCAGAGCUUAUUUGCUGCAUUUAUAUCCCACCUCUUUCUCCAAAGAGGACAUGGUGAAGUAGGUGGAGGCUGUGGCUGCCCAUAGGUCACCCAGUGGGGAUUUGAACCCUGAUCUCCCAGGUCCUAUACCACACUGGCUUCCUACAGUCCUCAUGUUAUGGGACAGCUAUAUAAAUAAAUAUAGGGCAAGCAAAAUGUCAUUUAGAAAAGGAUCUGAAAUAUUUUUCUUGAAGCUUGAAUACGUAUGUUUUUUCUGGAUUGUUCUAUUUGAUUUUAAUGUGUUGUAAACUGCUUUGCUAUUUUUUCUUUAGAUUAUAAAGUGGUAUAGAAAUGAAAUGAAAUAAUAACAACAAACUCAAUUGGAGGGGUGUGCCUAGACAUACCAUUGUGGCAACCAUAACCUAGAUUCAAGGUGCCAUUGGCAAUCGGCUCAUAUAGCUGAGUGUCUAACGCUGGUAAGCAGGUCAGGGGAACGAUAUCAACCCUAUUUCAUUUUAACAUUGUGUUUGUUCAAUCCAAAGUUUAGAGACUAAGGUGGUUUUUCCGUGGCUUUCCCAUUUCCCACCAUCAGGGGGCAGCAGAGACACUGGCCUUGAUUUUUGACCAGAAAAGGUCUUACUAUAUCUAUUAAGUUUCAGACACAAAGUAAGAAGGCAGAAACCAUUCUCAUAUAGAGAACUAACAUGCUUCAGUUGCAGUAAUUAAAUAAGAGCUUGAUAUUUCUGUAAACGGUCCAGUAAAGCAGAACCACAUACCACUUGCUCUGAGGCCCUUCUGUCCUGCAGUGCUUCUGUUCCUUAAUCAACUUAGAAUAUUCUCCUAAAAUUACCUUUCUGCCUCAUUGCCUUGACAGUGUGGCUUCUCUCUUUACGUCUGUGCGCUGGAUCCCUGUCAGGUUUCAUUCAAGGUUACAUGUCAGGCUCAGUGGCUUCCCUUUUGUUUCCAUCCGGUCUUUUCUUCACGCUCAUCGCCUGCUGCCCUCCUUCGGCACCUGUUCCCCCUCCCACUUUCCUGUUCUGUGCCAGGCAUCUCCCUGUAUAUAUGCCUGGAGGAGCCCCCCAUGCCCCCCGUGGGCCUGUUGAACCCAGCUCCUUCUCUUGGCCUCUGAGAGGUGACCUUUGUCGUGCUGGUCUCUGCCAUUACGCAGCCUUCUCCUGCCAUGGCUUCUUUCCUCAGCCUGGUAUUCUUUCUCUGUCUUUUCUCUGGCAGAUGUGAUCUUUUCAAGCACGGUGCCUUUGCCGUGCCUGGGUUUUGUACUGUUGGCACCAGACACCCGCAGAAGCAUGAGCACCCUGGACUUUCCAGGAGAAGCCUCUGUGCUGUUCUGAUCCAGGCCUUGGAAGGGUCUGUUGUCUCCUGCAGGAGGCUCUGGUCACGUGAUCUGUGAGGUCACACAGGGCGACUGUGAUGUAAUACUUUGCAUGAAGCUCAGCAUUCUGCUGCAGAGGUAGCAAAGGGACUGGCUCCCGAGGAAAGUCCCCAAGAGCUGUGGUGGGCCAGUCACAAGGCUAGCGUUUUCCCCAGUGUCAACUUGAUUCUCUGAAAGCCCUAUAGCCACAUGGCAACCACGCUGCUUUGCCCUAUAGCCACAGUGAACACGUAUGGCAAGCUCUACUAUGAAGUUGACAGAGCCCUGUAGCUUUUAGUAAUAAUUACUUUACUCAGAGUUGCUGAUUAAUAGCUUUUCACACAGCAUGAAGCCACCAAGUUUUAGAUCAUUUUGACUGCCAGAAUAAGGCUACAAUCCUAACCACACUUACUAGGGAGUAAGCCCCAUUAAACACAGUAGGACUUACUUCUGGGUAAAUAUGCAUGGGAUUGCACAUGUAUCUUGCAUGCUGAAGCCCUAAAGGCGUUUUCUGUUACCAGACUAAGCAUGGUCAAGGCGAAAGCUGUGUAUUUAUGCCCAGGUGGAAGAGGUUUAGGUGAAGGGAUCAGUGCUGCCAUUGGAAAGUGGAUGGCAGAGAUGAAGUCCAGCUGCCCUAAAAAGGCUGUGACUUCCCUUCUGUGCCCCCCCCACAACUUUAGGCUGUCUAAACCCCCUCUCUCCCAAGCAUUCAUUUGUAGGGAUGUGAGGUAUUGGAUGCCGUUUUUCUUCGAAGUUAUUUUGAGAGUUGGAACAGUCAUAACUAGUAAAUUGCAGUGCCAGAUUUGGCUCUGUUUAGGUCUUGGAAGCCCCUCUUGCACAUGCUUCCAGUUGUGGAAGAGCUGCAAAUAAUUCUGAAGGUUGCUGCCAGCUUUAAACUGUUCCCUGUCUGAGAUGCAAACACUCAGCCUGGAGGUGGUGGCGCUGCCCAGGCUUUGCCCUGGCUGGCCACACACCACAGUCAGCACCGCACCACGGUGUCCUGCUUACAGAGAGGAGGAGGCACCUGAGUUGCGUGCAGGGCCGUGUCAGCUGGCUGGCAGGCAGGCUCUGGGGAGAAAGUCAGUAGUUUCUGUAGCAGCGGCGGCAGCCCGGCUUCCACCAUGUGUGCUGCAGAGGCAAUUUGACUAGCAGCAGACUUUGAGUGUGAGGUGGAGGAAGAGAGGGAUUCACUGAGGUGAGGCAUGAAUAUACCUGAUGAGCAGGCAACCCUCACCCCCCUCUCUUCCCCCACCGCCCCCUGAGAUCAGGAGAACAAUCCUGCUUGCUGUACUCAGGUAGCACCAGUAGCUCCCUGCAAGUAAUGCUGGCUCACGCCAGAAAGGGUGUGAGCUUGUCUCCCCCGGCAGCUCUUCCUUUCGUGAAACACAUCGCUUCCUUGAGUGCCUGCUGUUUCUUAAUCCUGGAAGUCAGAUAAACCACAUCCUUUACCUAUUGCCUUCAGUUUACAAGCACAGAACAUGGACUAGCAUAAUAUAGGCAAACUGAGGUGGUUCUUUAUUUGAAAUACAAAUGUAGUGAGUAUUCUAGUUUUAAGUGCAUGUGAAGUUUGUGAGUCCAACAUUCCAGCAGAAAAGUGGGCAUGGUUGCGAUUUCCACAUCUGACGGUCUACACUGAUAUGGGCUUCUUUUCUUAAAUGAGGAUUACGUCCAUUAAAAAUGCCAUAUGGUUAGCCGGCCCCAUUGCCAGCUUUGUAUCUUGGUCUAUCAUUUACUGUAUGUCCUUGGGUCUCACUGUUGUGCUUGGCUCAUGGAUACUGACGGAAGCAGCUAAACCGUUUGUGGCCUGGAGAGUGCCAGCCUAGAAGUUUUGCUUUCGUAGUGACUGGCCGGCCUGGUGCCUGCAGGGCUUCUGCCAUAGUGAUGGGCUACUGGUGGUGGUGCUUGGAGUGGUGGUCUUCAGAGCACCCGCUGACCUUUCCCCACUGCUGGUGUCUCCACAAACCACAGUAGGCAGCCAAGACAAAAUAAAAGCCUGUGUGUCAUUCCAAGUAGGAGACGAGCCCCUUUAAAUGGCUGUUGAAGGGCCCAAGCAGAUGUUCAGGAGAUGUUGGUUUCACUUUAGAAAUAAGAUUCCCACUCAGGAAUUUGGUCGCAUGUAAGGAAAGCUUACAAGCUGUUGUGGCAGAGGGAUGGUGAGCACGACAUAUCAGCUGAAUCCUCGGUUCUCAGCUCACACUGCGUCUCGCCGCCACGCCGCCUUGGGUCAGCCCAUUAUCAUCACCCUCCUAGCUGUAUUAUGGAGGUGAUAAAAAUGGCAAACCUUUUUUAGUAAACACUUAAUUUAUGAAAUGAAAGCAUGUCAUGCAUGAACUCUUUUGAGCAGUUUUGGGGACUUGCUUUAGAAAUACGUGCGUUAUUUAUCCUUUCAGCCUUGCAGAAGAGUGCAGGGUUCCUCAGCAAUUGGUUCUCUGGCUUUGGAAUGGGGAUGGAAGUUGUAGUGACUUUUGUCUUUGGAUGGGAAGAAGUGGCACUUCAGCUCUGGGCUUUCUCAGCUCUUCUUGCGUUGCCACUUUGCUGUAUUCUUGGGCUGGGGAGGAGUAAAUGGGUUACCUUGCAGUGGCAGUGUAAAAAGGCAACACUUCAUUUUUGUGAAGCAGUUCACAAAAGCAGUUUGUGAAUAGCAAUGUCUCCUGCUUUUAUUUAACUCUGAGGUUUCCAGUCACAAAUGUGUUUGCGUAGUCAGAUACGUAGCCAGCCACUUGAUGGUUGCUUUUGCUGGUUUGUGCAUGCAUGUGUGUGUUUCUAUCCUCUCCCGGAAUAUAGUCUUAGGGCUGGAGCUGCAUUCAUUUUUGCACAUACUCUGCAGAAUAAGGACCUGUUCUGGGGGAAGCAGGACUGGUUUGUUCUUUUCCAAUGCACUGAUCAGGCCUGUGACCUUUGACAGGCAAGCGACAUGCUAUUUAGCACAGUUUUCUGCUUUGAAACACACCUCUGUCACCUGCCUUGCUCCUUCCAUCCAAAUGAUUCUGGUUGUGUGUCUUUACAGGGAGGAUGGGGAGCUGGAAGAAGGGGAGCUGGAAGAUGAUGGGGGCGAGGAGCCGCAUGAUGCUUCAGAGUCCCGAGAGAAGAGUCGGAAGGACAAAAACGAGAAGCAUCAUAGUGACUCGGAUGAAGAGAAGACUCACCGGAGGAAAAGGAAGCGUCGGAAAGAGCGUGAGAAAGAGAAGCGGAGGUCCAAAAAGAAAAGGAAAUCGAAGCACAAGGUGGGUGAGGCCAGGCAAGCUUCAAGAAUAUCAGUUUCAGACCCCUCCUCAACCUUUCCUUUGAUGUUUGCCCUGGUCUGGGGUCAGAGAGCUGGGGACGUAAAGGGGAUGCCAAGCACAGACUGUCACCUGCAUUUCUUAACAAGGAUCUUGGUGGGCCCAGAGCCUGCUGUGCCAAUGGCAUGCUGGUCUUCAAAAGCAUGAGGGGGCCACACAACUGCAUGAAUGAGAUGAGAAGUGAUGAACUAGAAUCAAAGGUGGCAGAAAUGUUUGGAGGCUAGAAGAGAUCACUCUUGAUUAAAAGCAACUGCUUCUAAGGUGAACAGAUGAUACGAGGAACCAAAAACAGUUAGACUUGCAUGUAGAAAUACCAAAGUAUCUGAAAAAUCAUGUAACCUAGAGUGCAUGUGCUGGAAGCCCAAUUUCAAGUUGCAUUUGAUGCCUUUGGAAACUGCCUGCUUGCUCCAGGCAAGCAGUAUCUUCCAUCUAUCUAUCUAUCUAUCUAUCUAUCUGUCUAUCAUCUAUCUAUUUUCAACUGCUACCCAUUAGCCAGAGCUUUCAAAUCUCUAAAAACCAAGGAGGGUCAUUGGCCUAUCAGGUUUAUAAUCUAAAAAGACACAACAGAAAAGAUAAAGGGGUUGGGAGGGAGGAGGAAAUAAGCAAUCUAAUGGCCAGCUGGCAUGAAAAAGUUAAUGGAGAGGAGGCACAAAAAGUUGCUUGUCUCUCUGUUGUGCCGAUGUGGUGUCCCUGCUGCCCUUGUCUUCUGUUGGCUGUUACAGCCUGAUGUAGUGACUGCUGCUUCAUAAAUAGUUGGAAUUCCCACCUGUGUAGAGAAGUCUGUGCUGAAAACAUUAAAGCUCCUUUUAAGCAGUAGCCAGAGCCGGGUGAAAAAAAAGUACAAUCUGGGGAGCAGCCAGUAACAGCCUUGCCCUCCUUUGCAGCGCCAUGCCUCUUCAAGUGACGAUUUCUCAGACUACAGUGAGGACUCAGACUUCAGCCCUGGCGAGAAGGGGCAUCGGAAGUACAGGGAGUACAGCCCUCUCUACUCCUCCUCCGUAAGUGCAUUUGGAAGUUCACCGGGAAUCAGGCUGGGGUCUCAGUCCCACCCUGCGGUUAGGCAAAGGCUCCCACGCAACAGGGGCCAGCGGGAUUUGUGGCAGAACUGGCAGGUGGCAGUGGAGGCCUCUGUGCCAGAGGGGAAAGCAGGCAGCUGGGUGUCUGCUCCCGGAAAGGGUGGUUUGGAGGAGAGCCUCCCCCAAUGUGGUGCCCUCCGUACUUUUUGGACUACAGUUCAGCCUCAGCCAGCAUGGCCAGUGAUCAGGGAGGGCCCUCUGGAGAGGCUGGUUUAGAAGAUGCAUAAGGAGCCCAUUUGUACCUCAAGACCCUAUACACCUGAGGACCAGGUUAUGAGAGAGACCGCCUUAUUCCUGCGGCCUACUGGAGAGUUUCUCCUGCAAGUCCCCAGGAUCUCAGCAGCCCUCCUCCACAGGAACUCAGGCCAGGGUUUUUGGUGUGGCUGCCCCUGCGGUGUGGAGCAGCAUUUCUUUCAAGAGACAGGUGGCUUUCCCAGUUGACUCAAUGUGUUUUUGCCAGGAGUGCCUAUGGCACCCUGUUUCCAGUACAUUUGCUGUUUUCAUUGUACGUCUCCUUGAGAUGAUGGCUGAUGGUGAUCAGCUUGUUAUGCCUGGUAAUAACUCUGUGUGCGUUCACUUCCAGUCUCAUCAGCAGUAUUCGUCAUCUCACAGCGCCCCCAAAAAGGGAUAUUCCAAAAUGGAAAGCAAGAACUACCCCAUGUACGAGGAAUAUGAGAACGAGGGCUAUUGUGACUAUGAGGGAGAGGAUGACGAGGACAUGGGCAAAGAAGACUAUGAUGACUUCGCAAAGGAGCUGAACCAAUACCGGAGGGCCAAGGAGGGGUCGCACAGGGGGAGAGGUACACACCUGCCUGUGCUUAGCCCUCAUUCCAGAUGCUGGGAAAGUGUUUGCUCCCCAGUACAAAAGUGACGCCCAUCGUGAAAGUUAGUCAGCAUUCAAAGGGAUUAAACUUGCCUUUUUAAAAGGCGCUUCAGGCUCAGUGCAGAUUUUUGUUCUGGGUUCAAACUCAGAAAACAGGGUUGCGUUCCUGCCUGCUUUUUGUCACCAGAGAGGAGUUGAACUGUCCCUGCCUGUUGGGCUCCCUUGAGGCCAGCUGCAUGUUUUGAGUCAGAUUGACUUUGGUACCGAAGGUGCGUUAGCUCCUUGGUUAUGCAGCAUCCUCCCCUGGGGCUGAGGUCCCUUGCCACAACAUGGCUGCUUUCCUUUCCUUUGAGAUCUUAGUCAUAGAAAGGCAAGACACCAUAUUCCCCACCCCCCCACCCCUGGUGUGUUGUGUCCUCUGGUCCACAGAAUCAUGGAGGCAGGGCUGUGCGCCAUUGCAUGGGGAUUUUGCUGUUCCUGAUAGACAGAUGCAAAACGCUCUGCUGUCCCAGCUUACAGGGAGCCUUGGCAGGAAGCUGGAAGCAGCGUCUCUUUGUGCCCCAGAGUCUGAUCCGUUUUUGUUUUGUUUGUCUUGUGCCCAUAGGGGGUCGUGGCCGAGGCCGAGGCUACCGUGGUCGUGGAAGAGGCGGGAUGCGUGGGCGAGGCAUGGGCAGAGGCAACCGUGGCAGGGGAAGAGGAGAGCAUGCGGAGGAGGAGGAGGAGGAAAUGUAUGAAGAGGAAAUGGAGGUGAGCUGGCACGGUUGGCACUCGCAGCCAGCCCAGCUUCGGCAUCUUGUGUGGCAUGUAAUCAAAACAUACACAACUGUAUACAAUGGAAGUAUAACACAUACUGAAUGUCCCAACGCAAUUGGCAUCAUGACCCAAAAUAAUAUCCGCUUGAGGCCUCUGUGUACAGUGGCAGAGGACUUGAAAAAAACAUAUAUGUAAUCUUGCAAAUUGCUUUUCAAUAUAACCGAGAGUUCAGUAGUUUGACUAUGUAGUGAAUCUUCUAGAUAAGAUGAAGGACUCCGGCCGAGGAGAUGCCUGGGCAGUGUCCUCAUUUCGCAUGUCAUCUUCCAGUCGGUUCAGACACAUUGCUAAAUAAUACAUGUCAUGCUGUUAUUACAAUGUACAUUGCGACUGUACAUUGCAUGGACAUUAUUUUGUCCAAUUGCAUAAUAUCAAUUCCACCGGGACAUUCAGUUCGUGUUACACUUUCAUUAUAUACACAGCUGUGUUUGUUUUGGUUAGAUUCUAUUCUCUGUAUUCCUUCAUUGUUGGAUACUCCUUGUGUGGCAUUUCAUGAGCUAAACCCCACUUUGCUGAUUUCUUCUCUUUCUGAAUGCCAGUACUGCGAAGGAGAAGAGCCUGCAGGGGGAGAUGAGUAUGACGACUAUUCCAAAGAGCUGAACCAGUAUCGCAGGAGCAAGGAAGGAAGGGGAAGAGGUAGGUAGGCCGGGGGUCUUGCGGUUGGCCAAGACUGCAGUUACCCCUCUGGCCGGCAGGCUGGAGCCCUCACAGGCCUCUCUUUCCCUUUCGUUUGCGCUGGCACUGUGUGAUCCAGUUGCCUGUGUGGACUUGAAGUGAUGGUGUGUCAUCUGUUGCCAUUUAAGACAAUGUUGUUGCUUGACUUGUUCCAGGCUUAGGUCGUGGCCGAGGCCGUGGCUCCCGAGGGCGAGGAGGCAAGGGGAUGGGCCGAGGAAGAGGCCGGGGGAGAGGAGGCAUGGGCAAAGGAGGGGGGAUGAAUGAAGAGGACGACUACUACGAUGACGACAUGGGGGUGAGCGACUUCCCCGACCCACGUUCCUUAAGCCUUCCCCUACAGUUUGUGUGCCUGGAUUAGGCCCCUUCUGCUUCCAUGGGGCCAAAGCCUGAUUGGUCGAGAUGCAGUUGCAAUCAAAAUUACUCAACCACCAUUGCAAAUCAAGUUUACAGUGGAACCUCGGUUUUCGAACAUAACCCGUUCUGGAAGACAGUUUGACUUCUGAAACAUUCGAAAACCAAGGAUCAAUGAGCGGUUGGCAGAAUCCAUUGAAAAAAUUGAGAAAUGCGCCUUGGAAGCCGUAUGACUUCCAAGGCAUGUUCGAAAACGGAAGCAAUUACUUCCGGGUUUUCUGCGUUCUGGUUCCAAAUUGUUCAGCUUCUGAGACGUUCGAAAACCGAGGUUCCACUGUAUUAUCAAAAUUUGCAGACUUUCAGCUGUUUGCAAUGAGCAAAUCAAACAAAAUCAAUUGAAAUAGCUCAGUGCAGCAGAUGCUCCAUGGUUCCCCAAAUUCAGCUGAAAUUGCAACUUAUACUGGCUUCUCCAGUCUCACUAUUAUUCAGCCCCCUGUAUAGAACCCCUCACAGCAACACAAAUACAGCAGGUGUUGUCUCAAGCGCACCUGGUACAACUGAUCAAGGGCUCCACUAGUUGCACUAGGUGUGCUUGAACACAUGGAAUACCUGAGCGGACUAGGGGGUUGCAGAGUGUCAAAUUUGGCUGCAUGGUAGGAAUAUGGCUAAGUUAGGAGAAUGGUCCAAGAAGGUAAGAGAAGAGAACAUCGCCCUUCACAAACAAGGAGCAGGAUACAAAAAGAUAGCAAAGGCACUGCAUGUUCCUAGAGAAACUGUUGGCAGCAUAGUUUGCAAGUUCAGAGUUAAAGGAACAGUGGUUACACAACCUGGGUGGGGCAGAAAAAGGAAGCUGUUUGCAGCAGCAGCCAGACUUCUGAGAAGGCAGGCUGGGGAAAACCCAACAAAAUUGUUGCAGCAAGACUGGGUGGCAGCAGGCAAUAUUUACAGAUUGUUUUGUUCUAAAAUUAUGUAAGCUACUUUCGGAGGCUUUGCAUGAAUAACAUUGGUAAAUAAAGUGUCUUGUGAUUGCCAUAGGAUGGAGGCGGAGGCGGGAAUUAUCGGCGGAACGACCACGAUAAAUCUCACCAGCAAUCAGAUAAGAAAGGAAAAGUCAUCUGCAAAUAUUUUGUGGAGGGAAGAUGCACCUGGGUAAGUGUUCAGGACCAGCUUUCAUUCCUGGCUGCCUGAUGAUGUGGUGACCACGCACUGGGUCUGCAGGCAUAUGCGCCAUCGGAGUCUGUUGCAGCAAAAACAGCAAGGUGUCUGUCUGGUGGCACCUUAAAGGCUCAUGGACUUGUUAUGGCAUAAGCUUUCUUGUACUAGAAUCCACUUGCAUCAGAGGCUUGUACAGUACAGUGGUACCUUGGUUCUAAAACUUAAUCCGUUCCGGACGUCCGGUCAAAACCAAGGCGUGCUUUCCCAUAGAAAGUAAUGCUAAAUGGAUUAAUCUGUUCCAGACUUUUAAAAACAACCCCUAAAACAAUUUAACAUGAGUUUUACUAUCUAACGAGACCAUUGAUCCAUAAAAUCGAAGUAAUAAACAACAACAACAACAACAAUAAUAAUAAAUUUUAUUUAUAUUCCGCCCUCCCCUGCCGAAGCCGGGCUCAGGGCGGCUAACAACAAUCAAAUAAUCAAACAAUCAAAUAAUCCAACAUUCUAAAAACAUUUCAUUAUAAAAAUUAAUUAAAAUCAAAUUAAUGGCAACCGUUGAGCAAAAUUCUGUGCAGGUUGCCAGAGGAGGGAGUCAGGCUGGGCCCUGACCAAAGGCCUGGUGGAACAUCUCUGUCUUGCAGGCCUUGCGGAAAGAUGUCAGGUCCCGCAGGGCCCUAGUCUCUUGUGACAGAGCGUUCCACCAGAUUGGAGCCGCAGCCGAGAAAGCCCUGGCUCUAGUUGAGGCCAGCCUAACCUCUCUGAGGCCUGGGACCUUCAGGAUGUUUUUAUUUGCAGACCGUAGGUUCCUCUGUGGGGCAUACCAGGAGGAGCAGCAGAUAAUAAUAAUAAUAAUAAUAAUAAUAAUAAUAAUUUUAUUUAUACCCUGCCCUCCCCAGCCAAGACUGGGCUCAGGGUGGCUAACACCAGGUAUAAAAAAAUUGAUUAAAAUACAACUUAAAAACAAGAUUAAAAUACAACAUUAAAAUGCAGCCUCAUUUCAGUAGAAACUCAAAUCAAAAACUUUUUGGGGAUGGAAAUGUCAAGUCUUCACCAAGGCCAACUAUCCAUUCUGGUCCUACGUGGGCCAGAAAAAAGCCAGGGAAGUCCCCAAACAGGAGUUCCAUCACAGAAGGAAAAAGGAAAGAGGGAGAGGGGAUCAAGUUGAUUCCAAGCCAAAGGCCAGGCAGAACAGCUCUGUCUUACAGGCCCUGGGGAAAGAAAUCCGAUCCCGCAGGUGAGGUGAGGGGCCUGCUGUGCUCCCCUUGGCCUUCACCAGUGCUUCAUUUGGGGGCUCAUGGCUGAUGGAGGCCCUUUCUAUGUAAUGCAUACUUGGCCUGUGUGGAGGACGCAGUGGCUACCUCUUGAAGGAGGGAUCAUUGUUUCACCACUAUUAUGUUUUGUGUGUUUAUUAAUGUGCUGCCCUUCACAAGAUCUCAGUGUGGCUCUACAUGUAGGAAUGCAAUAAAACAGCUGAAAAACAAGCAACCAGAGAGUUAAAUUAUGCGCCAUUCCCCAUCGCCAGAGUCAGACCUGGGUGUGGCCCCAUUGCACGUGACUGAAGGUCUACAAGGCAUAUGGCUGGUUGCAUAGGGAGGGCAGCAGUGGGCAUCUGUUGCUCUCUAGAAUUUGCUGGACUCUGGUUCCCAUCAGCCCCGUCCAGCACAGUCGGUGGCCAGGGAUGGUGGGAGUUUUAGUCCAACAGUACCUGGAGGGCCAUGGGUCCCUGAACUCUGCUGUAGGGGAAGAGAUCACCUUGGGCUCUCCAUUGACUUGGAGCGUAUUAGAUUUCACCUCUUUUGCAGGCAUAAUGUUACACCGCUAGAUGCCAGCUAAGUCUCGCUUCUGUCUUGCUGUACCACCAGCUCUGCCCAUUUUGGCCUCCGUGCCAGCAGUUUGCUGCUGAUGUCACAACAGCACCUGCCCUUCCAGGGUCCGUCACAAAGACCUUGAGUGCUGAGCCUGUCCUUGUAACUUGGGAAGGUGUUCAUGGUUGUACGUUACUCCUGUUGCUGUUCUUUCCAAAUGAGAAGUUCUUCUUUUUCCCUCAUUGUCUGAUUGUGUGAAGAGGUGGCUCAUCUCACCUCUGGAGUUGAUUGAGGUGGGGAGUGUUUCCAGGGAUGAACUGCCAAACAUCCUUUGUGCUCAGGUGUCACACUCUGCAAAAGUCAGCUCUUUCACCUUCUGCUUUUUCCUGGCAGGGCGAACACUGCAACUUCAGCCAUGACAUUGAGCUGCCAAAGAAGCGGGAACUGUGCAAGUUUUACAUCACUGGCUACUGCGCCAGAGCUGAAAACUGUCCCUACAUGCACGAUAUCCUUUCUGGUUGCUUCCACGCCGGGGUUUCUUAGAUUUGCCUCUGAGUCUUGCAUUUUUAGAGGAAAGCUAAUAUCAAAGGGUAGGUGGGGAGGUUUAAUCUGACUCUCCAUACUGUGGACAACGGCUGAGCUUCAAUCAAAGUUUUUGAGCUGGGCCAGGGUUGCUCUAGGGAGAUCAGCCCCACUUCCUGGGUGUGAGAACCCUGAGUCCGGGGGUGGGCCUGCUGCAAGCCGAAGCCCGGCCUGGGGUGCGUUAGUUCUCCUGUGCCUUUGCCCUUGGCAUGAUUUACUUUCUUUAAUGCCUCGCACGGGACUUCCCUUGCAAGCUGUUCCACACGACUGGGAACUGCAUCAAUGGAGACGACUGCAUGUUCUCCCACGAACCUCUCACAGACGAGACGCGGGAGCUUCUGGAUAAGGUGAGUGGGCCGGGGGGCUGCUGAGAUUUGCUUCCGGUCAUGGAAGCCCUUUGCCGAGGGCAGUGCCUUCUCCUUAGCAGUUGUGGGGAGCAGGGAUGGUUCGGGAGCCAUGCAGUCGGCGUGUGGGGAUAACGGGAGACGACUCCUGCCUUACCACCCAAGGCGGCCCCUGCCUUCUUCGCCCACGGCCUUGUUUCGCUUGCCCCUUAGAUGUUGGCGGACGAUGCUGAGGCCGGAGCGGAAGACGAGAAGGAAGUGGAGGAGCUGAAGAAGCAAGGCAUCAACCCCUUGCCCAAGCCGCCCCCCGGGGUAGGACUGCUGCCCACCCCCCCUCGGCCGCCAGGGCCGCCAGCUCCAACGUCGCCCAACGGCCGGCCCAUGCCUGGGGGGCCACCUGCUCCGCCGCCCCCACCGCCUCCCCUCCCGCCCCCUGGGCCCCCGCAGAUGCCGCCUCCGAUGCACGAGCCCCUCUCGCCGCAGCAGCUGCAGCAGCAGCAGGACAUGUACAAGAAGAUCCCCUCCCUCUUUGAGAUUGUGGUGAGGCCCACCGGCCAGCUGGCGGAGAAGCUGGGUGUGAGGUACGUGCCACCUUCCCUCCAGCGCGUACGGGGAUCUGGUGAGGGGCAAGGAAGGGGAGUGCGCCUGGGGCUUCCCCCUCCCUCUUGGUGGCAGCCAAAGUGCUUCAGGUCCAGGCCUGGGUGUGGUGGGUGGUAGGGGGCUGACUCUUCUUUCCAGGCUACGCUCCUCCUCCAUGUCCUGCUGCCUGGCAGGUUUGGCUUGACCUGCCUCACCCCGUGCUGAAGUGAGCCGCCUCUGAAAAGGCUCCUUUUCUUCUUCUUCCUCCUCUUCGGCCAUUUUGCUGACCCUCGCUGCGUUCAUUCCUCUAGGCACCCAGGCAUGUCUCCGCCUAUGUUCCCUGGGCAUCCCGACAUGCCCCCGGACAUGCCCCCCGACAUGCUUCCUGACAUGUGCCCUGACAUGUGUCCCGACAUGCCCAUGGGCCCCGGCAUGAACCCUGGUCCUCCCAUGGGCCCCGGGCCCCCAAUGAUGCCCUUUGGGCCCGAGGAGAUGCCCCCUGGCCCACCAGCACCCGACUUCUAUGACGGCUUCUACCCGCAUCCAGAAGGCUUGGAGAUGGACCCCAACCUGAUGGGUGGCCCAGGUACUUGAUCCUUCCUUUUAACUCAUUUAUAUCCUGUCCUCCUUCCCUCCCUCCCUCUCUUCCAAAGGAGCCCAGUGGCAAAACAAUACCAAGUGUUUACUCAUUUAAAAAUAGCAGUUAAAAAUAGGUGCAUGUCAGCGGUGUGGCUAAAGAGAAGCUGUGGGCAGCAGGCCUAUUAUUAUUAUUAUUAUUAUUAUUAUUAUUCUAUACCCCACCUUUUCCCCCUAUGGAACUCAAGGCAGCUUAGGUUUGAAAACGAGACUCGCUAGAGCGGGUGGCACUGUGGUCUAAACCACUGAGCCUCUUGGGCUUCCUGGUAGGAAGGUCAGCGGUUUGAAUCUCUGCAACGGGGUGAGCUCCUGUGGCUGUCCCAGCUCCUGCCAACCUAGCUGUUUGAAAGCAUGCCAGCGCAAGUAGAUAAAUAGGUACUGCUGCGGUGGGAAGGUAAACGGCGUUUCCGUGUGCUCUGGCACUCAUCACGGUCCUCCGUGUGUCAGUAGCGGUUUAGUCCUGCUGGCCACAUGACCCGGAAAGCUGUCUGUGGACAAACGCCGGCUCCCUCGGCCUGAAAGCGAGAUGAGCGCCGCAACCCCAUAGUCGCCUUUGACUGGACUUAACUGUCCAGGGGGCCUUUAUCUUGUUUUACCUUACCCCACAUUUUCCCCUUAUGGGACUCAAGGCAGCUUCCGUAUGAAAACAAGACCGUUGGACUACAACUCCCAUCAUCCCUGACCACUGGUCAUGCUGGCUAGGCAUGAUGGGAGUUGCAGUCCAACAACAUCUGGGGACCCACAGGUUGAGAAAUGCUGCGCUAGAGCAUUGAGUCCAAUGGGCCCUUUGGCCCCUGCAGCGGCCCAGUGCCCCCAGGGCCACAGUCUGCUGGGAGGCGGCCGCUCCUGGAGGCUCCUCCGUCCCCAGCAUGGCUGUGCUUGCUCUCCCCGCCCUUGUUUCUCACGGCCUCCUUGCCUGCGCUUUCCCUGACAGAGGGCUACGGGAACUACGAUGAGAUGGACGAGCUGCCCGGGGAAAACAUCUUCCCCGACCCUUCCUUGGAGCCAGACCCCUUCUGCGACGGAGGGAUGCCCAGACUGCAGAAGCCUCCCACCAACGUCCCCGACUUCCUGCCGUCCACGCAGCGGGCUCUGUACCUGCGCAUCCAGCACAAGCAGCAGGAGGAGGAAGAGAGGGCUCGGCGGCACGCGGAAGGCUACAAGCCGGAUCGGGAGCACGAGGAAGGCAAGUGGCUCUGGCAGCCCCCGACUCCACGCUUGUUGGAGUGGCAGCUCUAGUUCUUGGAGUGGCCAAGCCGCUCUCGUCGUUCAGACUGGCUGCCUUGGUGUCCUCCUAGAUCAGAGGUUGGGAAGUGGACCCCCCAGAACCCCCUCCCUCCAUGGACCACUUUCACAGUUGGGCAGGGCUGCCUACCUGUCAGUCACCUCUUGUCAUAGGGCGGCAGGUGACUCAGCUUCAAACCUGCAGCUUGCAAAGGAAAAACCAGGCACUCACCUAAGUCGUCGCCCCCCCCCCCCCCGCCUUCUGAGUCUUCCUUCUUUGCCUGUGGCAGAAUUUGAGACUUUUUGAAUUUGAUGCUUUUUUCUGCAGGUUUAUCUGCCCCGCCCCACCCUGUCACAUGACCUCAGGUGAUGAGCAGGGGGCCAUGGGUGGGGCCAGAGGUUGCCCAUCCCUCUCCUAGAGCCCCUCCCCCUGGGGUUCUUGAGCUGCAGCUGGUGAGAAGGAAGUGGUCUCUUCAUUUAGGCUGAGGACACAGUCACCUGCCAUUCAUGAUGGAGUCUGGCAUAGUCCAGAGCCCCAACUGACCUCUAAAGCUUGGGUGAUGCAUGUCUCAGAGACAGACAGAGAGGCAGACCUUUUGCUUGGGGUGGCAGUUUGCAUUUAAUGUUGCCUUAAGCGCUUCGGCCAGGCGAGGUUUGCGUUUUGCAGUUUCAAGUAUCUGUCAGUUAUCCCUGAUUUGGGGGAUACUAUACCCAGGAGUGAUACUCCAGCUUUGCCUCGUUACUCAUUCUAUUGCCCCUUCUCUCUGCCGCCCCCCCAGGUGAUACUGGCAAUUGGUACUCCAGCGACGAGGACGAUGGCAGCAGCAGUGUUAGCUCCAUCCUGAAGACUCUGCGGCAGCAAAGUUCCAGCCGACCCCAUGAAGACUCUCCCAGUGGCACUGGCCCCGCCUUGGGCAGGAGCGACCCUCGCCUCCAGAAAAGCCAGCCCCCGGGAAGCGGCCGGCCAGCAGACCCUCGCCUCCUGCGUGACCCCAGGCUUUCUCGAGGUGUGGAGCCUUCCGCUCCGCCCGGUGCGGGGGACGCAGGGCCCACAGAUCCCAGGCUGGCGCGGCACAUUCCCCCCUCUGCCCCUAAAGCAGACGCUCUGCAUUCCAGCCCCUCGGUUGGGCAGAAGGGCGUUCCGGUUCCGGAAGAGGAGGAAGGGGAGAGGGCGCUGAGGGACAAGCCGGUCACGAUUCCCCUGGAUGCUCUGCCAAACCACACCCUGAGGGACCCUCGGGGUCAGCUGCAGCAGUUCAGCCACAUCAAGAAAGACAUUGUCCUGGUCAUGCCCGGUUUUGCCCGCAUGGUCCUGUGGAGCCCUGAGGACCUCAUCCCGCUGCCUGUCCCCAAGCAGGAGUUUGUUCCCGUCCCGGCGGCUCUGCAGGCUCUGCCUGGUCUGGAUCCACGCCUGAACCGGCCUCAGAACUCCACCGGCCUCUCCGACCCCAGGCAGCGGGCGGCAGCCCCAGCAGAAGCCUCGGCCGGCUCUGGCUCCAGCCUCCCGGACUUUGAGCUGCUCUCGAGGAUAUUGAAGACCGUCAACGCAGCAGGCAGCCCAACCCCCAGCGACAAGCCAAGCGACCCCCGGAUGCGCAAAGCCCCUGCUGACCCCCGGCUGCAAAAGGCUUCUGAGCCGGCGCCCUCGGCGCCCUCCAAGCCAACGGAGGCCGCCAGCACGUCGGCAGCUGGCCCUGCGGCCUCCUCAGAGGCAGCCCCCAGCAUCGCCCCCUACGACCCCCGGCUGCUGACGGCGGGGGGGCUGAGCAGAGGCACCGGCCAGAGCAGCGUCCUGAGCGGGAUCAGCCUCUACGACCCAAGGACUCCGGGCUCAGGCGGCAAGGCUGCGGAGCCAGCUGGGGAGGGCAGCCCGGCGGCCAAGGGCUCCGACGGCGGCGGCAGUAGCAAUAGCAAAGGCAGCGCCAGAGGGAAGGAGCCCUUGUUUGUUCGCCGGUCGGCCCUGGACCAGCUGGAAGCGGAGAAGCCCAGUGCAGAACCGUCAACCGACAGGUACAACAGCUACAACCGGCCACGGCCCAAGGCCGCCGCCGCCGCCGCCACCUCGGCCACCACUGCCGCCACCACCACCGCGCCUGCUGCCACAGAGACUGCCGCACAGCCCGGCAUCCACAACCUUCCGGUGCCCCCCGUCUAUGGCAUGGUGAAGCAGGCGGCCAAGUCUGGGGCAGGCAGCCCCUUUGCUGGAAACAGCCCUGCGCAGGAGGGGGACCCGCAGGAUGCCGGCUCCUUAAAGGAUGUUUUUAAAGGCUUUGACCCCACAGCCUCCCCGUUCUGCCAGUAGUAUUAAAGACUUGCCCCUGCAGCCUUGUGCCCGAGAGAAGCAGCAGUGUUCGAAACUUGUUCUCUUCUUUUCCUUUUAUUCCAUUAAUCCACCCCCCUCCAUCCCAGCCAUAUAACUUGUAUAUACAUCCUUUGGGUUUUGCUCAGUGCUGUAGCGUGUAAUAUCCAAGCUGCAUUGUAAACAAGUAAUCAGAGUAUCUUAAGUAGUACUAGCCAGUAUUGUCUGAUGCCCUGGGCCUUUGUUUGAGGCUCACCUGAAAUCAUUCAUUGUCUUCAAAUCUUCUUUGGAAACCUGGGCCAGCAAUCCCUCCAGCCCUUAGCCUUCCUUUGCACAGUGGGCUACGUCCGAACCCCUCCUGCUCCUCCUCCUCCUCCUCCUCUUCAGGUGUUCUCUGUGGGGUGGAGGAGAGGCUGGGGAGAGAAAGGUGGUUCUUUCCUGUUGCGUAAAGGGAUGAUGCUGUCAGCCAUGCUGAUCUGUAGAAUAUAUGUAUCUUCAUUUCUUAGCUGUAACAAAAUAAGUGUAUCAUAGCCUUUUUUUAAGAAGAAGAAGAAAAAUCUAGUGCGGUGAAAAUUACCAUGGAGAAAUAACCAUGUUGGAUUAUUUUUGUAAUUGUGUUGGAUUUUAAGUACUUGUUUGCCAUUUCCUGGAGGUUGCUGGAUCCAGAUCCAGCUGAACUAGAACAGGGCGCUACAUCUGGGGUGUUGGGGCGGCCUCUCAAAAAAAGUGAUGCUUUCUACCAAAACAGAAUUUGUAGUAUUGAAAUUAAAUUAUUAAUAUCCCUUUGAUUCCACUUGUCUGUCUUCUGCACUUGUCUUAAUAAGCAGGCACUGCCAGGGCUCCCAAAUGGCCUGUAGAUUAUGUAGCUCCUAUGAGAACAGGCAGUUUCGCAGGCCGUCUUAGGGAGGUGGAACGGGGCAACUGUAGAGCAGGCCAGGGCCCAGAGGCUCGGCUGGAGAGCAGGUUCGCUUAAAAUCCAGCCUGAAUAACUGGAGAUUCCACGUGGCUUUAGAAGUGGAAACGUUGCUGAAGGUGGAGAGUCUUUUGGAAGCAUCAGAAGAGCAGCUGUCUGGCGUUGGUGCUUCAGAAGCAGCUGAUGAGGACCAGGAGCAAGAACCAGAGAUUGCAACGUCUGUUCUUGAGAGCUCAUCACAGUCACCUUGCCUGCUGGCUGUUUUAAAGCCCAGCCAGAAUCUCUUCUCAAAGGGAAGAGGAGUUUGGGGCCUGCACUUGCUUCGUAGCCCCCCUGCCCUGCAUAGUACUACUGCCUCUCCCCUGCCAGCAUCGUGAGGUUGGCAUCUCAUCGUCUUUGUGUUAAAGCACACAAAGCUGUUUGGCCUGAUCCUGUAAGCGCCUGCUGCCUCUUGGCAGCCUCCUUCAGGUGGGGCUGCUGCUCUUCGUCGUCUUCCUUCUCACUUGUCCAUCUGCACUUGAAGGCAGGAGAGAGACUGGAUGCUCGCCUGGAAAAAGUAUUUCUGAACAGCAAGGGUAUUUCGCAGCUAUUUGCAGUGUUCUGAAAAACAUGAGCUCUGUCAGCUCAGCAGAGACGAGGUGCUUGUGCCCUUUCUGUGCAAGGAACCUACCCAGAAAACAAAGAGGCAGCCGAGGCUUCCCCUCUGCCUUGACUGAGUCUGUCCUAGCGACCCAGCGUGGUCAAGGAAGCAUCCUGCAACCAUGCUCAGCACACAGCAUCCCCAAAGAUUUGGAACAGGUUGGUCUCUCCCCCUGCGUGGAGGUCAUAGUCUUGAGUGGUGAAGGCGGUAAACACCGUGAGCGGAGUGUGUCUUAGCUGAAACUGACUAGCUGUAAGAAGGUCUUCUCUCUCUACCGUGUAGUAUCUAUGUAUGAGAAGUGGUGGGGUGUCUUUCAUUCGGAGAAAAAGGUAUUUAGGGUUGGGAAAACAGCUUUAAGGCAUUUGCAUUGCUGGGAACGUUGUGGGUGCUGAACUUGGCAGUGUUUACUUUAAAAGGGGCCAUCAGGACACCUUGAAAGGUUGGUCGUUCCCCCAGACCUGUGCCGCUGCAAAUCCUCCUGUUUCAGGCACAUUCAUUUAAUGGAGAUGUGGUUUGGCUCUUACCCGGGAGCAUAAAAGCCGCAGUGUAUUGGAGGAACUGGUUUAAGAAUAGGAGGGACGUGUUCCAUCUCAUUCCAAACUUAAACCAGUUUUCCUCAGUGAAAGCUGAGACGGUUAAGCCAAUUGUCCGUUCUACAAACUUAGCAACCGUUUCACCGUUCUGACUCUAUGCACAAGCAUUGAGGUCUAGCUGCUGUAGGUCCUGCGGGAGGGACAGUGAACUAGAACAAAAUUCUCAGCAGCCUCCCCAAACUAUCAUUUCCAGGGCUCCUUGGUGCAGCUAUAGCUCUCAAACUGGUGUAAAGUUUUUGAGUGUAACUUUAACCGGGGAGGUUCUUUGUGAAGUAUUCUGUCUUGCGUGCUUAUUUAGAUAGAGAUGCUCAGUGACAUUUGUAUAAAAAAAACUGAUCUUUUGUAAAAACUGUAAAAUCACUUCAAUAGACACAAAUGGCAAAAAAAUUAAUUGAUGAAAUUGGUCAUCUACCAGAGCUUUAUAAACAUGCUAUAAAAUGUAAAUACUAUUUGAAAUGGGGUUUGUAUAUAUUGUACCGGUAUUUUUACAGUGAAUCUUUGGUUGCAUGGCUCUCUACUUUCUUUUGUAUCACACAUUUGUCUUCCAACAAUGUCAUCCAGACUCAAGUCUCCUAUCAUUGUACUGCUGACAUUAAAUGAUGCAGUGAUUUUAAAGGCU